AACCCACAACACAAGUUACCCGAACCCGACCCAGAUCAUACCACAUAGUGACAUAGGAACCAACAAACAACCCACAACCCAAGUAACCCGACCCAGAUCCUAAAACACACUCUCUCUCACUCUCCCCAACCACACGCACAAGAAAAACACUCUGACUGAGUAAAGAUUGAAUCCAUAAACCCUAUAUCCCCCACUUGCAAAUCAGUCUCCUUCUUCGUGCUCAUGAUGAGGGGCCUAAUCUCAAGCGCGAAGCUUGUGGCAAGUAGCAGGGCAUGGGUUAAGCCAUGGGGUACGUCUUUGCGCAGCUACAGCUUGAUCCCAAUGGUUAUAGAGCACUCGUCUCGAGGGGAGCGAGCAUACGACAUCUUCUCUCGCCUUCUCAAGGAGCGCAUCGUCUGCAUCAACGGUCCAAUUAACGACGACACUGCCCACGUCGUCGUUGCGCAGCUUCUCUUUUUGGAGUCUGAGAACCCAUCCAAGCCCAUCAAUAUGUACCUCAACUCUCCCGGUGGCCAUGUCACUGCAGGUCUUGCAAUUUAUGAUACCAUGCAGUACAUUCGGUCACCUAUCAAUACCAUUUGUUUGGGUCAAGCUGCAUCAAUGGCUUCCCUUCUCUUAGCUGCGGGUGCCAAGGGUGAGAGGCGGUCACUCCCAAAUGCGACAGUUAUGAUUCAUCAGCCUUCAGGUGGGUACAGUGGACAAGCAAAAGACAUGACAAUUCACACGAAGCAGAUUGUUCGUGUGUGGGAUUCCCUUAAUGCCUUGUAUUCAAAGCAUACAGGGCAAUCCGUAGAGAUAAUUCAGAAGAAUAUGGAUAGAGAUUAUUUUAUGACCCCAGAAGAGGCAAAGGAGUUUGGAAUAAUUGACGAGGUCAUGGAUGAAAGACCAGUGGCUCUGGUGACUGAUGCAAUUGGCAAUGAAGGCAAAGAAAAGGAUAAAAGUUCAAAGUAGGAGGAUCAGAGAUUUGGGUGUCAGUGAGGAAGUAACCAUCACUCUUUCUUAGUUUGGUCUUUUAGUUUGACAGAAUUAUAUGUUUGAUGUUACAAUCCUGAAGUCAACAGGUUUGCUUCUCUUGUUAGCAUUCAUUUGGAUAUCAGUAUUUUCUGCUCAUUUUGUUACAUGACAUGCUCACCAUACAAAGGAGAAACAGUGUAUGGGCUAUCAGUAAGUAUCAAUAUUCAAUUCUCUAGUGAUGA